GGCAUGGAACAACAGAUGGAGGAAAGACAUCUGGUGUGGCGGAAGAACGCCCCCUUCUUCUACGACGCCAUUUUGAGUCACCGAUUUGACUGGCCCUCUAUGACUGUGGAGUGCUUCCCACCUGCCCAGGCUUCCUCCUCCUCAGGAGCAGUGCGGCUCUUGUUGGGAACGGCAACAGAUGGCACUGAGCCAAACUUCCUGGUCCAGGCGGAGGCUAGAAUCCCACAGCCCUCCCUGGAGAUUGAUCCGAUAGUCUGCGAAACAUACUCCGGAUUCACAGCGCCUCGAAGCAAAGUGACUCGUGGAGCGCCUCCCCCAGCUGGGGCAGGGCCCCUUGAGAUAAAGGCCCUCCUCGUACACCCCGGCAAUGUGUCUAGGGCACGUUUGAGGCCUCUGAACCCUCUGCACAUAGCUAGCUGCACACCUGAUGGCUUGGUUCUCUUCUGGGAUUACAGCAAGCACCCGUCGUUUCCCUCCUCGCCUCCUCCCACUGGUGGCGCUGCUGCUGCUGUGGGGAGUGGAGGCGGCCAUGGGGGGGGGGGCCCCCACGUGGCCAAGCCUCAGAUGGCGCUACUCGGGCAUGGGAAAGCUUCUGUUGAGGGGCUAAGCUGGAGUGCAGCAGAUCCACGCCGUCUUUCUUCCGCUGACUCCGCUGGUGUUUGCUGCCUGUGGGACCUUGCCAGCAGCACCAGCAGCAGCGGCGACGAAGGCGCAACAAAGCCGGGAGAUGUGGCGUCGGGCGGGGUCCAGAUUGCAGAAAAGACUCCUCAGGCGCAUCCCGUGAGGGUCUUCGACUUGAAGCAGGGAGGAAGGCAGGGAAGGGCGCCUUUAAACGACCUGGAACAACACCCCCACCACCCCCACCUUGCCGCUGUUGCGGCAGAGGACGGCAGUUGCAUACUGCUGGACUGGCGGCAACAGGAUGCAAUAACUGCAACUGCAGUCACAGUAUCCAAAGGAGCAGCAGCAAAUGCGGUUUCUUGGAGUCCUCAAGAACCCUGUGUCUUUUCUGUAGGAGACUCGGCAGGCAUUAUCUCGCUGUUCGACACCCGCAGUCUGCAACAGCCCCUCCUAUCCCUUUCCGCUGGGAGCUGUCCGUUAGGGGCCUCCUCCGAAGGCGACCCUGCUCGCGUGGGGGAUUCCUCUAUUAGCACCGUACGGUUUCACCCCGAUUUCGCUCAUCUGCUUGGAGCGGCCACUGAGGACGGCACUGUUGCUGUCUGGGAUUUGGUAGCCGCUAGUGCGCCUCAACAACGGCAACAGAAGGGGGAGGCGAUGCAAACAGGCGAAACGACGGAGGAGCUCACGAAUGGGGUGGCCAAGGGGCCCCCUGGUCUGUUGUUUGUACAUGCAGGGCACUCCGCCCCUAUAACAGACUUCUGCUGGCGCACGUCGCAUGUCCCUCCUCCGAGCCGCAACACCAGUAGCAGCGGCAGCAGCGUGCAUCACCUCAGACAGUCUCUCCUGGGGGCAAGUGUCUCCUUCGAUAACAAGGUGCAGCUGUGGCAACCCUCAGAGCUGCUCCUCAUUCAGCCUUAG